CCCCGGCAGCCGGAUUCGCAGGUGUGUGGGGGACGGGCGGACGCUGAACACCCGGCUGUACCUGCACACCCCGCUGUGCUUACCGUGCUUCAGGGCUGGUCUCAAGGUCGCUAUGCAGUAAAAACUUUGAAGCAUAUGGAGCCACAGGUAAAACAAGCCCUUCAAAACCUACCAAAACCUGGCUUCAGUGGUUAUUACAGAGGUGGAUUUGAACCCAAAAUGACUAAACGAGAAGCAGCUUUAAUACUAGGAGUGAGCCCUACAGCCAACAGAAAUAAAAUUAGAGAAGCUCAUAGACGCAUCAUGCUUCUGAAUCAUCCAGAUAAAGGUGGAUCUCCCUAUGUAGCAGCCAAAAUUAAUGAAGCUAAGGAUCUACUAGAAGACCAAGCUAAAAAAUGAAUGAGAAAGAAAAUCACUCAUUCAGAGGGUUUGUCCCUGCAAAUGAUUAUUUUUGAUAAAUGGCUUAAGAAAAGUUCUAAUGUUCUUUCACUUAAUAUAAAUGAAGUUGGAAAUACAAAUCCAGGGAGGUGCUUCCCUCCCUACUUGGUCAAUUUGUUUUGGAUGUAGGGAGUGAAGCUUAAA